GUAGUAGAAAAACAGUUCAUCAUCAUCAUUAUUGAUUGUUGAACUGGCGCAUAAGUCAUUGCCUACAACACCUGCAGAACAAGCUCUAGCUGCGGUCUCGCCCAAGUUAGUGUCCUUCCUUCUCCAGCUUCCUACUCAUCCAUCUUCAACUUCCCUUGUCUCCCGGCAGCUUUGAACCACGCCACGGGUACUCUGUCCAAAACCCUCGUCGCUCCAUUCCCUCACAAUUCAACUUUCUUUCAACUCCUUCCUUUAUUUCAUCACUUAAUUCCCAAAACCCUUGUCAACAGGAUCGAGCUUUUGCAACAGAGGUUCGCUUUCGACCUGCACAGAAAUGGGGGACGAUUUUUACACGUUCGCCCGCCCUGCAGCUACCCGAUAACAACGUCACUCGACACCAUCUACGCUUUCUUCUGCACCACGUCUGACAAUUCUACAAAGCCACCUGUUCUUGGACUUUCCCAUUGAUCGCAAUUCAACGCACUCCAUUUGACAACCAUGAGUCUUUUUCACCGGCGCAGCCGGUCGGCCUCGGCCUCUCGGCCCCAGACGCCAGCUUCCGCCUCAGCUCACAUGGCGGCCACCCAGGCAUUUCUGGCGAAUCGUACCUCUCAGGCAAACCUCUCGGCCACCGCUGCUGCUGCCGCCUUGAGAAACCUGACGCCAACCCCAACGCCUGUGGAACAGGUCCAAACUAAGCGUAUGAUUCAGAAACAGGCGUCCUUAUCCAACAUUUCUACCUCAGCUCGAGGGCGAAGAGGUGGUCUCCAGAGGCAGAGUAGUCACUCGUCCAUGACAGAGCGAACCUUCCGAACGCCAUCGCCUUCACCUUCCAGACAAUCUUUACGUCCAGAACCUCUUCCUCAUCCGCCUGUCCCGCGAGUUCCUGAAGAUUAUACAACCAGCCCAACGACCGUCCCAAAACCAAAGAAGUCGAAACAGCGGCCUGCUAGUCACGCUGGCCCUCCUCCACCAUCGAAACAGGUCAAUCCUAUAGCAGCUCCGGGACGGACCGAUCUUUCGUACCAGCAGCCUGCAUCUCCCUUGGUGCGGCGACCUAAUGACCUCGAAAGGACAGACAGCAGAAACUCCAUCAAUUUCUCAAGACCUCUCUCGCCCCGACCGCAGUCCCCCAUUCCCCAAUCCUCUCCGGUCAGCCAACCACCUGCGAUGAACGGUGACCGGUUUCCACCAAAUGCUGCUGCCGCCAUAUCGCUCAAACAAGCCGAAGACAUUCAAUAUGGGCUGUCGCAAGCCGCGAAUCAGCCAGUCAAGAAGAAGAAAAAGAAGGUUGCCGGCCACGCGGCCGAGGGUAGCCAUCUCCACGAGGGCACAAUGGCCAGUAGGCCAGUAGUCACGCCUCUCGAACCUGGCCCGGAAAGACAACAAUCACCUGCGUAUCAAGACAGUGAGCUCCAGGCUCCGAUCAAGAAGAAAAAGAAGAGGCGGGCGGAGUUGACUGGAGAAAGCUCGCACUUUCCCUCCACCGAGGUUCCGCGCACGGAUUCAGACUCGGAUUCUAACAUUGACCGAAACAAGGAAAAAAGAGCCCAAAGAGCCUCCGGGACUUUGCAAAAACAGCCGUCGAUUGUCAAAGAGGACUGGGAAGGUGAACAGCAGGAGCAAGUUGAACCUCAGACCACCAAGCCGGCGUCCGCCUCGGAUCCUACUACCAACCAGCGCACUUCAACAAUCGCAAAUUCCUCACGAAAGAUGGAAGAACCCCUCAUCGUAUCCAAGCCAGCCGCCCAGCGAUUCCCAUCACCAGCGCCAGUCAAGGCACAACCUGAGCUGGCCAACUCCGGGCCACAAGAAGCUGCUCCUGUACUCACCAACAACCUCCGAGUACAAGAGCCAGUUUCGGUAAGAGGCUCAUCCCUGAGCCCGUCACGAUCGACGCGUUUCUCCGACAGACUCUCGUCGGAUCUUGCUCUUGGUCGCAAACACGAACCAUUACCAAGGUCCAUCUCACCAGCAAAGUCUGCUCUAAAGCAUCACUCUCCCGCGCCGAGUGGCUCUCCAUCCGACCCAAAUGCUCUGAGGCCUCGAGGUGCUAGUGUCACUCCGAGCGAAUCUUCGGACAUGUCCACGGCUGAUGCGGAUGCGCCUCCCAGGCGGAAGAAGUCUGUUCGCGUGAGUUUCGAUGCUGAACCGGAGGUCGUGGGCGUGAGCUUCCCUGCUCAACCUAUUGAAAGCCCAAACAAAGAUAAAAAGGGUUGGCUUGGUCUCGGCAAGAACAAGCCACCUUUAACCACAAUUCCUUCGAAUGACGAUAUGGAGGAAUUGAUGAAGCCUCGGCCUCAGCUUCCAUCAUUUGGGAGUGUCCGGGGCCAAAAGUUCCGUGAUGGAAGUGAUACGGCUACGUCACCAUCCACGAAAUCAACGGAUAGCCGCGCUUCGAUGAUGGCUACCGAAAGCAAGCCUGAGCCAUCGUCAAUUGCAUCGUCUGACACUUCUUCAAGUUCAUUCAAUCCUGCUUUCAGUGGAGCAUCAAAUGAUCACGUCGUUGGCGCUAUCUUUGCACAGGAAGCUCAAAGAAAAGCUGAGCAAAACGCAAGACUGAAUGAACCGUUGCCUCCAGAGGUGACUUCUGUGGAAGGUGGAAUAUCAUACAGUGAUACAGAAAGUGAAGCUUCUGAAGAUGACCAGCCACCACCCAGUCUUCCAGCCGCCCACGCGACCGUUGUGAGGGCCAUUCCAAUAGAGCCCGAAAUACCCACGCCUGCGGUAGCCCAACCUCCUCCGCAAAGAGAGGUGCCUAUCGUGGCUGUCUCGCCUCCUACUCCUGCGCUUGAGCAAUCAGCUAAGAACGAUCAAUGGCAAGUGGAAGUACCAGGCGGUUUCCCCGUCUCCUCAAGUGCCCUUGCGCAACUCAACCAAGCCAACCAAGCUCCUCCUGGCACUGGAGAGCUAGCAUUUACUCCCGGUCAAGGUAAUGAUGCCUCGAGUGAGACGGAUUCCGACAAUGAUAGCAUCUAUAGUGAUGCUGCGGAAGAUCCCUCUGAGAUGGAUGGUACGGGGUUUGGCUCAAUCGACGCCAUCGUUGACAGCCCUAUCAUUACUACUCCAAUCAAACGCUCCGAAGUAAUUCCGGAAAGUCCACUGUCUAGAGUGGCGGAACCACGGCCUCUGGCAGAAUCGCAACCGGGCACGGUAGUUGCAUCGUGGGAAGAAAGCCAAGCUAGAUGGAGACGCCUUGCUGAGCAGAGCAAACAGGGACCUCUGAGUUCCCAAGCUGCAGACUUACAGACUUCUGUACAAGAUGAUACCCGCGAACAGGCUCAGCCAAACGCCCCCAAACCACUUCAAUUGCCUGCCGAGGAAAGCACCUCUCGGCCAGUCCAGACAAGAAAGAAGAAAAAGAAGUCUACUGCGGAAAUUGCUGCUCUGGCCUCUGUGCCUGUCGCAGCUCAAGCAGCACGAAGCUCUCAACUUGAUUCGCCUAUCCUCCAGAAGAGUCAGCCAUCUUCAUAUCCCGCCAUUAAUAACGACAGGCGUGAUCCCUCACAAUCCCAAUCCUUCCGACACUCGAUGCGCAACGCUUCUCCACCGACUUCCGAGCCUCACUUCAAACAGUCAAUGCGUAACCAAAACCGCAAUUCGUUGCCAGUCACUGGGACCGCCCCACCAAAACAGAAAAGGUAUUCGCAACCUUCGAAUCCCCCCUCCGUGCACGCUCAGGCUGCAGCGAGAGCUCCAACACAGUCCCGAGCGGCCUUGCAGAAGAAGCAUAUUCCUUCGCAACCCGCCGCUGGAGCUGGAGCUGCAUCAGCCGUCACGGCAUCACGUGUCAAGCCAGUACCAGUUCCUGUGAACAACGACAGCGAUUCGGAGAGCUCUUUCAGAAAAGCACGUCGGUCCAAGUCAAAUGCUGGAGGGAAAUAUACGAUGCGUAGGAGCAUGCGAGGAGCUCCUGCAGACACUUCAUCCUCUCAAGGCAGCGCACGUAAUGGGGUCCGGUCCGUGUCACCGGUUGGGCGACGGCAAUUUUCGCCACCUGCAGGACCUCGUACGAUGAGAACAUCCAUGAGGAGCUCGAUGGACAACACUCCUACCCUUCGUGGCCCGGUCGACAACAGGUCCUCAGAAAAUAAGCGUUCUGCUUCUCUAUUUGGUCGCCGUCCUAAAAGUCCACCUCCUGCUGUUCCUGCUAUAGGAGGUCAGCACUUUGCUGCUAGCCGCAGCAAAUCUCGAGUUGUUGAUUCGGACGACGAGGGUGAUGCACCGAGGCGCCCCAAGUUCCGGUCCCGAUUUGCGGACGAUAGCGAUGAUGAGCCUGAUGCGCACUACACACCUGUACGGGGCAUUCCAAGAAGGGCGAACGAAACCGACUCAACCGAUCUCGAGGAUAGCUCGGAUGAGGAGAAAGUUGCAGCCCGGACGCCGCCCAAACUUGCAAUUCCAGCCAACGCUGCGCAACCCGUUAGUGAGCCAUUGUCUCCCAAUAGCGAAAAGAAACGCGGCCUGUUUGGUCGAUUCCGGAGUAAGAAGCCCAAGGAUGAAGCUUUGUCACCGGUGGUUGAAAGUCCAAAACCAGUCUCUAGCAAACCGUCACACCUCGGCUUUUCGUCUGGUUCUGAACGCGACAGAAUCAUCGCCGAAACUCAGGCCAGGCUAGAAGAAGCGAAGUACGGACCGGCAAUCGACCCGGCAGCAUCGUCUCAAGGACACGCGAAGCUUCAACGGCGCCAUCAACCCCAGCGGGUCAUGAGCGACUCAUGGCCUCUUCCUCCCAAAAUUCCUGACCAUUUGGACAACCGACCUGGGACGGCAGAGAGUGCGCCUGUUGUACGCAAUGGAACCACCAGACUUGCGGAAGGCAGCAUGAGGACGGGCACUUAUGAGGUACAGGCUGUUGGUCGAAGUGGGAAGAAGAAAAGAUUCCCAAUGCUUCGAAAAGCCUUUGGGCUGAAAGACUAGGGGUCAUGCCGAAGGAUCUACUUUUGUGUCUGGUAGCCUGCUGAGCAUAUUGUGAAGUGGCAACCAACAAUGUUUUCAUUUCUUCAUUCGAAAAACUGUGACCAAUCAAGUAAUGGUCUUCACCAACGGCAUACAAUUUUCCCAAGCACUAGACGAAGGAAGGACAGAAUGACGACACUCGCUCACACAUGGAGCAACUUUCUCUUGACUUUCAAGGAUAAUUUGAAGCGAUGGGAUGAUAGACAAGAGUGUCAGCUAUGAAAAGGGUUUGCAUGCAGAGGUUUGGUGUGUCGAGUGUCUUUGAUAUCUUCAUGUCUCUUGUGCAGGGAAAAAAAGAAUGGGUACUGGGGCAUCGAGAUCGAUCUACAGACAAGAUCUGGUCUUGAAAAGCGCCGAAAAGUCUUCUUGCGUCAGUGUUUGACAACGAAAUGGACGCCAGGUGGAUAAAGCAGGGCGUCGUAAGGAAUACGACCAUUUAAUCAGAGCUCAAUAUAACUCCCAUAAUUCUUAAUCCUAUGUCUUUUGGCU